AUGUCCCAGCACGACCUGUUCCUCAACCUCCUGCGGCCCGCCGUCCUCCACAUCCUGCGCGCGACCGGCUUCCACUGCGGCAAGCCCUCUGCCGUCGACACCGUCGUCGACCUCACCGCCCGCUACCUGACCCUGCUCGCCGAGCGCACCGCCUACAAUGCGUACUCGAACCACAACGACCCGACCCCGGACAUCUCCGACGUGCGCAUGGCCAUGCAGGACUGCGCGCUGCUCGUUCCCACCAUGACGGCCGGCGAGGAGCUGUGGAAGGAGUUCCUGCGCAAGCCGCUGGACGCCUACAACGCCGAGUCUGGUGCGCGGGACAUGGAAGAGCGCCGCCGCGAUGCCGAAGACACGGCAGACGUCGCCGCCUUCAUAGAGUGGGUCGAGGGCGAGCAGAACAGGGAGAUCCGCCGCAUAGCAGGCACAUACAAGCCCGUGGCCACGAACCCCACCGAGCAGCUGGACCAGCUGGACCAGCUGGAGAUGGAGGACUAUUUGAACAGUAGGCCCUCACCAGUGAUGCGCCCUGCACUGCGCUAA